CCCCACUUUCAUCAUCACCAUGUCGAAGAAGUCGAAGAAGACCUCCACUGAGCCCAAGGUCGAGAAGGCCGAGAAGACCGAGAAGUCGUCCUCGAAGAAGUCGAAGAAGUCGAAGAAGUCGUCGAAGAAGACCUCCAAGUCCUCGACCUCUGAGGCCGCCAACUUCCCUGGCCGCUACACCUACUCGAUCGUCGGUGUCCGCGAGCUCGGCCCGGGUGGCGUCCCGCUCAACUCUGGCUUUGGCGGCUACGGCGCUGGCUUCGGCACCGGCUACGGCGCUGGCUUCCCGCAGCAGCAGGCUGGCUCCGGCUACGAGGCCCAGCAGCCCGCGUUCGGCUACCCGUCGUUCGGCGGCUACCCGCAGCAGCAGCAGUUUGGCGGCUUCCCGCAGCAGUUUGGCGGCUUCCCGCAGCAGCAGUUCGGCGGCUUCCCGCAGCAGCAGGCUGGCUCGGGCUACGAGGCCCAGCAGCCCGUGUUCGGCUACCCGUCGUUCGGCGGCUACCCGCAGCAGCAGCAGUUUGGCGGCUACCCGCAGCAGCAGCAGUUUGGCGGCUACCCCGGCUACUUCUAA